GCGUUGGCCUGAUGUAGGUCUGAUCAGCACGUUGGCCUGAUGGAGGUCUGAUCAGCACGUUGGCCUGAUUUAGGUCUGAUCAGCGCGUUGGCCUGAUGUAGGUCUGAUCAGCACGUUGGCCUGAUGUAGGUCUGAUCAGCUUGUUGGCCUGAUGCAGGUCUGAUCAGCGCGUUGGCCUGAUGUAGGUCUGAUCAGCGCGUUGGCCUGAUGCAGGUCUGAUCAGCGCGUUGGCCAGAUGUAGGUCUGAUCAGCGCGUUGACCUGAUGUAGGUCUGAUCAGCGCGUUGGCCUGAUGUAGGUCUGAUCAGCGCGUUGACCUGAUGUAGGUCUGAUCAGGUCUGAUGUAGGUCUGAUCAGCAUGUUGGCCUGAUGUAGGUCUGAUCAGGUCUGAUGUAGGUCUGAUCAGAGUGUUGGCCUGAUGUAGGUCUGAUUAAAAGAUUUUAGCAGCAGUAUCACAUAGUUUUAUGUUUUUAUGUGUCGAGUUAAGGGAUCAGACUAAUAACAAUCCUACCUACAGCACCUUUAAGGGAUCAGACUAAUAACAGGAUUUAAUAAAUGUAGAUGUUAACUGUGUUGUUGUGAUGUUUAGCUGCGUUUGGAUUUGGUCGAUCUGACGGCAGAAAUCCAGAGAUUCACAAUAAGAGAGGAGGAGGAGAACCAGGAGCCGGCAUACGUUCCUCACGCUCUGGCUUUUAAACGAGCGUACGCCAUCAAGAAUCGCUCUCUGAAGGACAGAGUCCCCCUGAAGGACUCUGUCUCAUCCUGUCCCACGGAGGUUUUGGGGGUCCUGGUCCCGCCGAAGGAGCCGUCCAGUCUCAGCGUGAUGGAGACCCUGUUCCACACGGUACCAGAGCACCAAGACGAAGACCUGGACGCCAAAAUCACCCGACGAGUUCAGAGAGCCGCUCGGAGAAAGGCCAAACAGGAACAGCUAAAAAGACUCCACAAAGCUCAGAUGAUCCAGAGAGAGCUGCAGCAGGUGGAGGAGAAACAGAGACAGCUGGAGGAGAGAGGAGUGAUGGUGGAGAAAGCUCUGAGAGGGGAAGCAGAUUAUUGGGGAGACGCCAGCGACAGCCAAGACACCGAGCUACACCUGGAAGGAAUGGGGAAACUGGAGAAUUCGGCUCUGAUGCAGCAGUGGUUCCAGUUGGUCCAGCAGAAGAACUCUCUGGUCCGAUACGAAUCUGAACUCAUGAUAUUUGCUCGAGAGUUGGAGUUGGAGGACCGCCAGAGUCGCCUGCAGACGGAGCUCAGAGAGCGGAUGGCCGUGGACGACCACCUGAAGGAGGAGUGGCAGCUGCUGGAGGAGCGUCUGAUCCUGGAGGAGAUGCUGGACGUGGUGGAGCAGAGAGACGCUCUGGUGUCUCUGCUGGAGGAACAGAGACUGCAGCAUCGGCAGGAAGACCAGGACCUGGAGCAACUCAGCUGGGCCUGAACCGCAAGUCUCAAUUCUCUGUGAGACUGAACAGAACCAGAACAACAUGCAGGAGGUAGCACAGCUGCCUUUAUGAACGACAGCAGACAGUCAUCAGCGUAUAGUUAGAGCUCUACAGUUUGGUUCCCAUUUUCUCCAGAAGAAUUUUGAUUAUUAAUGUCUGAAGUUGCAAAGAAACUCCCGCACACUGUCUAACUGUCUUUCUGUCUAACAAAAAGUAUAUAAAGUUUAAUAGUAGGCAACUCAGCUGCACCUGAACUAAGACUGCUGUGAUGUCAUAACAAUUGCAAUUCUGAACUCUUUACGAGACUGAACAGAACCAGAACAAGAUGCAGAAGGUAGCAUUGUAGCAACAGCAGACUGUCAUCAGCGUAAAGUCUGAGGUUUUGUUUCAGCAUUGGGGGGGGGGGCACAUUAUAACCGGUGUGCCUUGGGAGUCUUCAGCAUCAAACACUUAAUUUUUCCUACACUCUAAGAAAGAAAUCCGUAAAAUAACAGAAAAGUUCUGGCAGCUCAGAUUAACAAACGGAAAUGAUGUGUAGCUACAGUAAAAAUACAGAAGUUAGGCGUGUUAUAUAACAUUCUCUCAUACAAAGCUGCUCAGUUAGUAAACUUUUUUUUCCAAAAAUGUGGACUUAAUCUCCCAAAACCAAUCAUAUUUUAAGGGAGGGACAAAUCUACCUCUCCUAAAUAUUGGGGGGAAUCAGAGCUUUAAAGCCAAUCAGAUUUGCCAUUAGCCACAUUUGUUUUCCUCCAAACUAAGUUUGAUUUGAUUUGGUUUUGUUUCGCUCCGUUCUGUUCGUCUUCUCCGUUUCAGCGUAGCUCGUUAUUGAUACCGAACGGUUGUACAACACGUCACCACACAGUGUUCAUGGGAAAUGUAGGAUUAGCACUACAAGCAGUGUUGCCAGAUAAAGAUGUUUCCAAGCCAAACGCACACAAAACCGCCCACAUUUCUUGGCGAAAAAAAAACCAAUCUUUACCGAUAUUUGGCAGGUUGGCAGGUGUCAAUUUAAAGCCCUGGGGGGAACAUGUCCCGCAUCAUUUCUUUCAAUUACCAAUUUUAUAAAAUACGUUUUACCAAAAAUAAAUGAGGUACAAAGCUUUAUUUUGAGCUUCUUUCCACCGAUGUCACGCACGCUGUAAUCCCGCCUCUCAAACACAGAAACACACCGAGCCGUCUCUGUGUAACGUUA